GAAUCUUUCUUUCAUGGCUGCCACUCCAGGAGGCCUUGUAAAUCAUCUCCUGGGGCUAGGCUAGUUUCAUACCCCACUUCUCUUCUCUUGCCUAAUAAUUCAAUCCCUUUUCUUCUUCUUCUUCUUCUUCUUCUUCUUCUUAUUCUAUGUAACCCAUCGACCAGCAAUCUUUGCAUAUUUGUUUUCAGAUUUUAAUGCCUUUUUGGGCAUGAAAAUGUACCAUUCUUCCCUGUUAGAGAAACAGCAUUGUCCAUAUAGGAAUUCAUAGGGGUAAGAGAGAAAUGGGGGACGUCUCGCCUGAUAAGAAAUCUGGUUGUGGCCUAAUAAAUGCAGUUUUUGGACGACGAAGUUUUUGGCAAAAGAGAACCACUUCUUGUAGCUCACUUCCUGCGAUGAAUGGAAACACAUUUGUCAGGACGCCAAGCACUCCAAAGAGACGGAGGAGUGGCUCUGAUGAGGCUGCAUUUUUAGAUAACUUACCGGCCAUAUCAGAUGGCGCUCCAAAACCUGGCAGAAAAGCUCCUGAUCACCCUAAGAUCCUUCCUGUACAACAACAACAACAGCAGAAACAGAACCACCAUCCUCCGCAGCACCAACAAAACUAUGGUAGAAAACCUUCAGAGGACGCAGCUAAAAUUUCGGCUAACCAACUUCAUGGUAACCAAAACUAUGGUUAUCCUCAUCAAGGUAGGAAGCUACCUAAGGAAGCAGUUAGCAUAUCCGGCGAGCUUGAAAGUAUGAUUGCUGAUCACCAAAAGACUAAAGGAGACAGCACGCUUGUCCGGGCUUCAUCUAGCAAUGUCAUGCUUUUCGGCAAUUUAGGCAAUCUGAGGCAAUCCGGGGGAAAUGGUGGUGGAGGAAAUACGAAUUCAUACAAUGUUCUUGAUUACCUUCCUAAGCCUGCAAGAGAAGAGAAUCCCAUGCCUAAUGGGAAAUACCCGAAUAGCGUGAUGGGAAAUGUAGUGAAAAAACAACAUGAAGAGCAGAAACCAGGCGCUGAGCAGCCUGGAGGUUCCUUAUGCAGGGCUCUCUCUACUAGAAUGGACCCUGAACAAUUGAAAAUUAUGGGCAAUGAAGAUUACAAGAAUGGGAAUUUCGCAGAGGCAUUGGCUUUGUAUGAUGCAGCAAUCUCAAUUGAUCCCAAUAAGGCUUCAUAUCGGAGCAAUAAAAGCGCGGCAUUGACAGCUCUAGGUAGGCUUCUUGAGGCAGUUUUCGAGUGCAGAGAAGCCCUUCGAAUUGACCCUCAUUAUCAUAGAGCUCACCUUCGUUUAGCAAACUUGUAUCUCAGAUUAGGGGACGGGGAAAAAACUAUAUAUCACUAUAAACUUUCAGGGCCAGAAGUUGACCAUGUCGACAUUGCUAAAGCUAAGGGUCUUCAGAUCCAUCUCAACAAGUGCACCGAGGCUCGAAGACUACGAGACUGGAACACCUUGAUCAAGGAGACCAGGGCUGCUAUUUCUUCUGGUGCGGAUUCAGCACUGCUAAUAUAUGCAUUGCAAGCAGAGGCCUUGAUAAAGCUGCAUAGGCACCAAGAAGCAGACGAAGUACUAAAAAAGGGUCCAAAUUUCCAAGAUGAUGAAUGUACCAAAUAUUUUGGACCUAUUGGUAAUGCAAAUUUGUUAAUGGUACGAGCACAGGUCGACAUGGCUGUUGGCAGAUUUGAGGAAGCAUUGGCUGCGGCUCAACGAGCAACUAGGCUUGAUUCUAACAAUAAGGAAGCAAACAUGGUAAUGAAGAAGGCAAGAGCUGUGGCAGCAGCUCGAUCAACUGGUAAUCAGCUUUUCAAGGCAGCCAAAUUCUAUGAAGCAUCUAAUGCAUAUGGUGAAGGACUUGAACAUGAUCCUUACAACUCGGUUUUACUGUGCAACCGAGCCGCCUGUCGGUCUAAGCUUGGCCAGUAUGAAAAAGCUGUGGAGGACUGUAAUGGUGCACUCAAUAUGCGUCCUAAUUACUCCAAGGCUAGACUAAGGAGAGCAGAUUGCUACGCCAAGUUGGAAAAAUGGGAAGCUUCAAUACAAGACUACGAGAUCUUGCAUAAAGAAGCACCAGACGAUGAAGAGGUGGGCAAGGGAUUGCUAGAGGCCAAAGCACAGCUUAAGAAGCAUAGGGAUGAAUGAAGGAUGCUGAGGCUUGAACUUGUAAAGAAAGCAGAGCAAGAAGAGUGAAAAGGAGAAAGACACCAAAUGCAGGAACCUGCAGCAACAUUAAGGCCUGUACAACCAAAAGCUGAGGAACUCCUUAUGGCUACCAUUGCUGAGGGCAUAUAAAUGAGGAGAAAACAAGAUCGAAUUAGACAAGGCCAAUUGUAUAAUUUAGAAAAGAAAAUUAAAAUUUGGUACCAUAUUUAGACUCUUACGUAAAUUAAGCAAAUAUACUUGGCACAAUUUUUCUUUUUUUUUUUUUUAAUGUAUAGCUAUAUGCUUGUGUGAAAAUUUUUUUGGGAGAAUUUGAAAUUAUACAAAAAACUUCUUUAUAAUCUAUUGAGAAAAAAGAGGAAA